AUGCGCGGUGCUUCUGGUACCGGCUCUGGAAGGAGAGGGGGUGACUUCGAUGAUCAGGCCUGGGGUAUCGAAUCCGACGACGAGGACUUUGUCUCGCAGAUCGCUCCAAGAACAAAUGUGCCUCGAAGCCUCAAGUCUUCAUCUCGCUCCUCGUCAUACUCAUCCACACAACAGCAGAACCAGCAGCAGUCCAGUGUAAGACCACAGCAACUCCGCAGCCAACCUUCUUCUUCUUCAUCCGCAUCCGCAUCCGCAUCGGCGUCCGCCUCCAACUCUGUCGCUGCGUCCAUUCCGCGACGUGACUCACGUGAUAGACGCGCAAGCUGGACAGUGGUCAACCGUCAAGUCAGCAGUAGCGCCGCCAAAGAGUCGCUAGAUCAUACACCUAUUGCUGGCAGUCCACCCACCGACCUCGCCGAUGCAGUCGCAGCUGGUCUCGACCUCGAUCCGAGCACAAACAUUACCGGGGGAUGUGGCAGUGGCUUCCAACUUGUCGACGAUGAGCCGACAGUGGUUACCGCAAACGUCAGCGGGAGCGAGACGGAAGACGUAGAUCUUGACACAGGCAAAAUGGUUCAUCGAAAACGACCGCCAGGCGUGGCCCGUAAACCAAGCUCCGGUACAGCUGAAGCAGAGACACUGCGUCAAUCACUUCGGAGCGAUCUAGAUCAGCUGGUGCGCGAUCCUGCUCAUGCACUCACGCGUCUUGCCGCUGAGUGGUCUUCCUCGUCUCCACGACCAAGCCCAACAACGGACGAAGCUUCUGAUGUAGCGCAAACGCUGACCACAACGAGCAAGCUCGGUGUCGCUCCCACUCCGACCGCAAGAGAGUUCACAUUUGAUCCGAUUGCUGCAGCAGGUGACGGUCUCAUCAUCACUGGUCCGAGCUUUGUCGAUGCUACGGCUGGACACCGUGGACUCUCCACCUCGUCGUCCGCUGCCUCCCAUCUCACUAGCGUGGAUGUGAGCUUCAGCAAUGAUGCUCAUUCGACAGCAGACGGGGAUUCAGCAGAUGGCGGCAGCAAAGGUCCUGAUGCAACAGGCCAACUAUCACGGAAACGCAGCGUGCGCUCCUCACGGCGAAGACAGCAGCUUCUCAACUGUCUAUCUAAACAGAGCGUCGACAUUGCGCAGCUCCGCACCCUCGCAUGGGCCGGAGUUCCGGAUGAGCUGCGACCCAUGGUAUGGCAGCUGCUUCUUGGCUACCUUCCCGCAGUUGCAUCUGUGCGUGCUUCCACCUUAUCUCGGAAACGUGCGGAAUACGCUGCAGGAGUAGAGCUAGCAUUCGCAAAGGGUAUUGCUGCAUUAGACCAAGCUAUUUGGCACCAGAUCCACAUCGACGUGCCACGAACCAACCCAGGUAUCCGUCUCUGGCAGCGCCAAGCAACACAACGAUCACUCGAGAGGAUCCUGUACGUCUGGGCUAUUCGACACCCCGCUAGUGGCUACGUGCAGGGUAUCAACGAUCUGGCUACACCCUUCUUCGAGGUAUUUCUUAGCUCUUACAUCAGGUCGGAUCCAGAGAUGUUCGACAUAGCCUUGCUGCCAGCCAACGUGCUGGAGGCGAUCGAGGCCGACACAUUCUGGUGUCUCUCAAAGCUGCUCGAUGGUAUUCAGGACAACUACAUCUUUGCACAGCCCGGUAUUCAGCGUCAAGUGAGACGCUUGGGCGAAUUAGUUGCGCGUAUCGAUGCGCCAUUGCAUGCUCACUUGCAAGAGCAAGGUGUCGAGUACAUGCAGUUUGCAUUCCGCUGGAUGAAUUGUCUGCUGAUGCGGGAGAUGAGUGUACGCAACAUCAUUCGCAUGUGGGAUACGUAUUUAGCAGAAGGACCAGAUGCUUUCUCCGAUUUUCAUCUAUACGUCUGCUCUGUGUUUCUACACAAGUGGACCGAUAAGCUGCGGACCAUGGACUUUCAGGGUAUCAUUAUGUUCUUGCAGUCGCUACCUACACAAAGCUGGUCAGACAAAGACGCCGAGAUGCUUUUGAGCGAGGCAUUCAUGUACAAGACCUUGUUCGGCAACACGGCGCAUCUUAACAAGUGA